AUGCCUCGAUCAAUACCGCAGGACGGACCUGUGGAGAUUGAUGGCAAGUCCGCACCUGUGACAACACAAUUCGAGGAGCCCUUAGUCGAUUGCUACAGAUGUGGGCGAAACGGCAUACAGUAUGAAGUCUAUAAGCACUGCGACCCCUGUGCGGUGGAUUUGUGCAUGCGAUGUUAUCGAAUCGGCCGUGGAUGUAAUCACUGGUUCGGUUUCGGAUUUGCUGCCCAGGCCAAAUUUGAUGCAUCGCAUCCUCGGCGAGUGAGUCGCAGUAUGGAGCUGCCGCAUCUUCUUGUUGGCAGACAGUAUCGGAAGCCUCCACAGAAAGCGGUCCAAACUACAUCACAGGGGCACCUUACGACAGAUAGCGACCCUACAUCACGCCUGCAGGAAGGCCAAUUCUGUGAUCACUGCGGCGCGUUUGCCAACGCCUGUUAUUGGAGCUGCGACUACUGCAACGACGGCGAGUGGGGCUUCUGCAACGACUGCGUGAACACACAUCAUUGCUGCAGCCAUCCUCUCCUGCCAAUCGCCCACAAGCUCUUCACGCCUGGUUGCGUUCUACCUCGAUCCUACGAUCCACAUGUAGGCGCACUUAACUCCAACCUGUCCGAAUUACAUGCGACCUCAGCUCAGCGAUCCGCAGUCAACCCGCGCUCAUUCUCACCAGCUCACAGUGCUCCGUCUUCUGCAACAUCUGCCACUGACGUUGCCUCUGCCGGCCCCUUCCCAGACUUCGUCAAUUUGUCGAUCACGACCAACUGCGACAUUUGCGCCGUGCCUAUCCCACCUUCAGACUCGCGCUACCACUGUCCGUCCCACCCCUCACCCACAAAAGCGGCCCCAACGCGCACAGGUGACUACGACAUUUGCACAGGCUGCUAUCACAACCUGAUCAAGAUCGGGCGAAUCACUCGCGACGCCGGUCCUGCAGGGUGGCGCAAGUGUCCUGAAGGGCAUCGCAUGAUCGUCACAGUCUUCAAAGCUGAUGGCGCAGAUGCAGGACAACGUCGGGUCGUACUGAACGACUUGGUUGGAGGUGUGAAAAUGUCCGACCAAGACAUUGCGCUCUGGCAACAAAACCUGGACUCGUCGCCUGCUUCUGCGCCGCCAUCGGCUUUCACCACGAAAGGUCAGUGGACGUGGCAGGAUGGCACUCCUGACCCUGCCGAGUCCACAGACUCGUUACAGCAGUAUGGCAGUGGUGCUAGACGUACACGUUCUAAAAAAGCAAAUUUACUCGGAAACGUCUCUGCGGAGAGCAGCAAAAAAGGCAACCGCUUUCCGCCUAAUGGCGGCUUUGGCAAGAAGUGCAUUGCGCUCUGGAGCUACUAUCCUGAAGAAGGCGAUGCAGGUGCAGGCGAGCUGAUGUUUCCCAAGGGAGCUAUGGUGGGGGAAGUGGAGGAGAUCAAUGAGGAUUGGGCGGAGGGAGUGUAUAUGGGUGAGCGGGGACUAGUCCCAAUGGUCAGAGUACGGGAGCUUUGA